AAUGACAUCUUGCAGAAAAAUGGGAUAAGUACUUUGGCCAACAUAUUCGUAAUUGGAAAUGAAAACACCACCUUAGAUUUUAUUGAAAGAAUUAAGAUCGCCAUGUCGUCGUCGCCGCCGCCGCCGCUGCUCCUGCCGCUGUUCCUGUCGCUGCUGUUGGCGUUGGGGGCGGCGCCUGCCAGCGCCCUGACGCGCCUGCAGGAGCUGUACACGUGGCGCGGCGUGGAUUUCCAAUUCCCCAACGCUGCCGUGCGCGCCGCCGCCAUCCGCAGCGGGGCCUACGUGGAGGGCAGCGCCGUGCCGCUCGAUGUGGACGUCUACCAAGGAGAGAGCGGGCAGCGCGUGUUCGUGACGCUGCCGCGCCUCAACCCGGGCACGCCCACGACGCUGGCGACGGUGGUGGAGGACCCGCGCGCGGGUGCCGCCUACGUGCCCGGCGGCAGCCCCGGCUCGGCGCCGCUGCUCACGGCCUACCCCGACUGGGCGUGGAACCGGCAGGGCGACUGCGACGCCCUCACCUCCGUCUUCCGCAUGCAGGUGGACCAGGCGUGCGGGCGUCUGUGGGCGCUGGACACGGGCCGCGUGGACAUCCUGUCGCGCUUCGAGCUCAUCUGCCCGCCCAAGCUGGUGGUGUUCGACCUGCGCGGCGGCGACCGCGUCCUCAAGAAGCACCGCUUCCCGGACGACGUGCUGCAGGCCGGGUCGCUGCCGGUGACGGUGGCGGUGGACGUGCGCGGCGCCGACCGCCACUCGUGCGGGUCGGCCUUCGCCUACGUCGCCGACGUCACCGAGUACGGCCUCGUCGUCUACGACCUGUACAACGACCGCUCGUGGCGCGUCAACCACAAGUACUUCUACCCGUACCCGACCUCCGGCACCUUCAACGUCGCCGGCACCACCUUCGACCUCAUGGACGGUGUGCUGGGGCUGGCGCUGAGCCCGGCGCUGCCGCAGGAGGGCGGCGAGCGCCGCCUGUACUUCCACUCGCUGGCGUCGGUGCGCGAAUCGUGGGUGAGCACCGGGGUGCUGCGCAACGCGUCGCUGUUCGCCGACGGCGCCAACGCCGCGCGCGGCCUCUUCCGCCUGUCGGAGGGCGAGCGGCCGUCGCAGGCCGCGGCCGAGGCCAUGGACCCGCACGGCGUGCUCUUCUUCUCGCUGCUGGCGCGCAACUCGCUCAACUGCUGGGUGGCCGCCACGGGCUCCCCGUACAACGCGCGAAGCCUCGUCGAGCUCGACCAGGACGACCGGGCGCUGCAGUUCGCGUCGGGCCUCAAGGUGGUGACGGGGCGCGACGGCGCGCCCGAGGUGUGGCUGCUGACGUCGCGCUUCCAGCGGCUGAUGGGGUCGGGGCUCGACCCCACGGACUUCAACUUCCGCGUGCUGCGCGCGCCCGUGCGCCUGCUCGUCAAGGGCACCAAGUGCGACCAGCGGCGCGGCGGCGUCGAGGCGCCCCAGCGCCCGUCCUACGGCCAGGGCCACCGCCCCGUAUUGAUUCUUGGACUCGACGAACUUUCCAGAGGAGAUACUGAUACAAUUGAAGAGAAGCCUGAUUUAGACCCACUGAUAUGGAGGAUAGAUUUCCCAGACGUGUGAGGAGAGCAGCAAGAUUCAAAAGCUCGUUAAUGAUUUUGUACCCCCUUUACUUGAGCAGUGAAGGCGAAGCUAAAUAGCUGAUAUUCACAUUACCGUCGAUAUUAAGGAUUUUACAAUACUCAUCUUACGAAUGGAAUAAAUUUAAUUGUAUGUAAUACCUCUUUUAUACUCGUAAUUGUACAUAUUGUAAAUUCUGAUAACUUUGAUCAAUUGCGUAUCUGAAUCGAAUUUUAAACUCUGAGCGAUAUACAGGAAGAUGUGAAAUUUAUGAAAGACUGACGAACAAUUUGUUUAGGUAGGUUUUAAUGUAGCGCUGCUUCUCCAUUCAUUUGAGAUCUGAAAAGAGAAGAACUCGGCUGAACUCGCAACUCAAGACUUUCAACGGAUUUGAGCAUUCUUCACGACGUGAUUAUUGCGCCAUCUUGUGGUGAAAGGGAGACUUACAACUUCCGUACUUUGCUCGUACAGCGUUCUACCUCCAAGACAUAGGCAAUUUAAUUAAGAGACCUUUUGCAUCAAGUUUGACGUUUUUAUUUUUUUUUAAUGAAACCUGUGAUCCUAGAUUUACUACAAUAAUUCACAUUAUUUUAUGCCAUAAUUUUA